AUGGCCCGCGAAACGUCAGACGACGAUCAAGACGAUGUCGCCGCCCUGCGGAGACAGGUACAAGAACUGAGAACCUCCCUGAAGGAGAUGACAAGCCGGUACGACCGGCUCUCUGCGUUGUUCAGCUCUUCAUUAGUGGAAUCUACCAUCGCCCUCAACAAGUCAUCUCAGCAACCCAAUACAGCAACUACAUCAAUUCAUGAGAACCAAGAAGAACGGUCGAUGGCAGAAAUGGAAAUUCCCACACCGAAGCCACAACAAAAAAUAGCCUCAGCAAUAGCAUCUACACCCUCACCCCAUCUAACGACAACAACAACGAAUGUCACCGAACAUCCAGCCCGACAACUACAACAACCAACCACACACACCCCGAUAACAACCACCACAACCACGCAGCAAGCCGCUCAACCAGCCAAAUCCACCCCACCAAGGGAUAAUAGAAGCGUUGUUGGAAUUUCUGUUUUCUAUUUGAAAAUUGAUGAUCUAGAAUUUUAA